AUGUCUGCACGCGACCUCUCCGAAUCGCAGACGACAUUCCCGUCAGACAGCGAGAACUAUGAUGCCAAUCACUCCAAUUCGAACGACUCAGACGACCCCCCCUCAGACUCCUCGUCGCCCAUGAUCUUGUACCAACCGCCUACCUUCUGGAGCAUAUUAAGAGGAGCCGCUAUCAAUCUGUUUCUGCCAUUUGUGAAUGGAUUGAUGUUGGGAUUUGGCGAGUUGUUUGCACAUGAGGCGGCGUAUAGGUUGGGCUGGAGCAACACAAAGGUCUUUCCCUCGCACAGAAACGCAAGACCCAUAGGACCAGGCGUAGAGAUUCGUGACGAUCCCAUCGAGCGGAGAAGGAGAGACGGGAGGGAGUUGGAUGCGUACACUUCGCUGGAGUGA